AUGGUUGGACUGGAUUCUGAGUUGAACAGGGAUGACGAAUGCGAUAAUAUCGGCUUAAGUUGUGCUUUGGAGCACUUUUCAGAGGUGGAGGAUGUGAUGAAUAUAAUUGAUAAUCUGAAAAAUAUCUACAACUCACCAAAAUUAGAAGUGGAGUAUGAUAGAUUGUAUAACAUAUUAAAGCAAUAUUAUGAACAACCACACCUUCUUGAUCCUUAUUUGGAUAAGAUUUUGGCUAAGUUUCUCACUUUAAUUAAGGAUAAAGAAUCUCCUUGUGAAUUAAAACAUGCGACAUUCAAUUACAUGUACCAAAUUAUCAGAGUCAGAGGGUAUAAAGUUGUUGUAAGACAUUUGCCUCAUGAGGUAUCGGAUCUUCUUACUGUUUUAACAUUCCUUGAAGCGCAAGAUCCAAAUGAUAAAGAGACUUGGCGUAGCAGAUUCGUAUUGUUACUAUGGCUUUCAAUUGUUGUCAUUAUUCCUUUUCAUAUGAGCAGAUUAGAUGGAUUUGCUCCAGAACAAACAGCAGCUGGUUCAUCUAAGAAACUUACUGUGAUGGAAAGAAUCUUAAACAUUUGUAAAUUAUAUGCAUGUAGCAAAGAUUCAUGUGCUGAAGCUAGUGCAUAUUUAGCUUCUAAAUUUCUAAUAAGGUCAGAUGUUAAGGAAGUGUAUAUGGGUGCAUUUUUUGACUGGGCUUGUGAGUUACAUUCCAAUUUGAAAGAGGAAGACACUAUACAUUAUGGUGUCCUAGCUGCUGUGGCUGCAGUGCUAAAGCAUGGGAAGAGAGAUGACCUGCUGCCAUAUGCGCCUAAGUUGUUAAAAUGGGUUACAGAUCAAAACUAUAAGCAGCAUUCAGCCAUGCUGGUGAGGAAAUAUGGAGUUAAAAUUGUGCAAAGAAUAGGGUUAACAUUCUUACGGCCACGUGUAGCAUCAUGGCGUUAUACGCGAGGUUCUAGAUCGCUUGCAGUUACACUGGGAGGAGUGGCAGCAGCUGGUGACACUGAACCCAUGACUUCUCCGCCUGAUGAUGAUGAUGAGGAUAUACCACAAGAAGUGGAAGAUGUGGUGGAAUUAUUACUUUGUUCAUUACGAGAUGACGAUACAGUGGUACGUUGGUCGGCUGCUAAGGGCGUGGGCAGAAUAGGCGCUCGUCUACCCGCAAUAGCGGCAGCUGACGUGUGUGAAAUUGUUCUUACAUUGUUUGCUGAAAACGAACGAGAUACAGCCUGGCACGGUGGUUGUAUGGCAUUGGCUGAAUUAGCGCGGCGCGGGCUGCUGUCGCCGCAGCAGCUGGGCGCGGCGGCGCGCUGCGUGGUGCGCGCGCUGGCGCGGGACGAGGCGCGCGCGGGGGGCGCGGGCGGGCGCGCGGCGCGCGACUCGGCCUGCCACGCCGCCUGGGCCUUCGCGCGCGCCUACGACGCGCACGCACUGGCGCCGCACGCGCUGGCGCUUGCCAAUGCGCUCGCCGCCACCGCCUGCUUCGACCGCGAGAUCAAUUGUCGUCGCGCUGCUUCAGCGGCUUAUCAAGAGAAUGUAGGCCGUCACGGAAUGUUCCCUCACGGGAUCGACGUUCUUACGACAGCGGACUUCCAGUCCGUUGGUCCACGGACCAAUGCGUACCUUGUCGUUGCCCCACAAAUUGCAUCUUACUCGGAGUACACGCAGCCCCUUAUUGACCACAUCGUCGAUUUGAAAAUAGAGCAUUGGGAUUGCGCGAUACGAGAAUUGGCAGCUAAAGCUCUCAAUAAACUAACCGAUAAGAUUCCUGAAUAUGUGGCGACAGUAGUGCUACCAAAAUUGAUAACAAAAACUGAAUCCAUUGAUUUGAACGUACGACACGGCGCUAUUCUUGGGAUCGGAGAAGCUAUUUUAGCUCUAUCACAGACAAAAUUAGCUGAUGGUAAAAAGGCAGAAAGUGCUAUAUCGGAGGAGGUGUGGCGGGCGGUGCGCGAGCUGGUGGACAGGCUGCGCGCGCGGCAGCAGUUGCGCGGGCUGGGCGGCGAGCUCAUGCGCCAGGCGUGCUGCCACUGCGUCGCGCUGCUGUCGCGUGCCGCCGCGCCGCUGCACGCGCACCCGCACGUCACCGACGAAUGGCUUAACCUAAUCGAGGAGUGCCUCACUCACGAAGUUCAAGUGAUACGUGAGAAGGCAAUCAAGGCACUGCCGCUAUUGUUCGACCAGUACUUGCGCGACGACACUUGCAUGUAUGGCGACAUAACGGCCAAGCAGAAACGCGCACAACUUAUGGAGAAGUACUGCGAACAGCUGGGAUGCACUGGCGUUAAUGGACUUGUAAUUAGAAUGGGAUAUGCACGGGCUGUAGGUUCUCUACCCAAAUUCGUGCUAGCCGAACAUCUUCCGCUAGUUAUUAAAUCACUCAUCGAAUGUACUAAAGUGACUGAAGCGACAUCUAAGUGGGCGGAGUCUAGACGUGACGCUGUUAUAGGAUUGACUGAAGUUUGUCAGACUCUGGGAAUUGUAGGAGGAGUGGAAAAGUAUCUCGAAGAAAUCGUGGAUGCCUUACUAGACUGCAUGUCGGAAUAUACAAUUGAUAUGAGAGGCGAUAUAGGCGCUUGGGUGCGAGAAGCUAGCAUGACCGGUUUGCUGUGCGUGUGCCGUCAGUGCGCGGCGGAGGCGCCGCAGCUGAACUGUGAGCGCGCGGUGCGCGGCGCCAUGUGCGGCGCGGCGCAGCAGGCCGUCGAGAAGAUCGACCGCACGCGCGCGCACGCCGGCCGCGUGUUCACCGCCUUCAUAUACAAUGACCCCGUUAUAAUGAACAUUCCCCACCAUGAUGCCCUAAAACGCAUCUUUCCCUACGAUGAAGUAGAACUUAGACAAUCGAAGGAUGUUGUGGAAGACUUGGAGCAGACAACUGUCAGCGAGAACUCUAACGUGGUGCUGUGGUUGUUCCCCGGUCACACAAUGCCACGAUUUGUACAGCUGCUCAGCUUUCCUACCUAUAGGUACAGCGUGAUUAAGGGAUUGAUCGUUAGUGGCGGGGAGCUGACUGAAAGUUUAGUGAAACAUACUACGCAGUCUCUGUACGCAUAUUUAAAUACGCUACAUGACGAUAAGGAUACGUUAAAAUCUAUCUGUGAUACAAUCAUCCAGGUGUUCGCGGAUAAUCUACACGUGAAGCGAAUCACCGGUCCUAUGUUCAACUUUUUAGACAGACUGCUUAGUUCAGGUUCUAUAUCACCAAUUUUAGAUGAUCCGGAGUCAACGUUUGCUGCAAAUAUAUUGAAAUAUUUACAAUUGGAGCUUCGCGGAGGAAAAAAUAUUUACAAACUUUUGGACUCCAUCAAUGUUCUGUGUCAAUUAAUACAGGUGGGUGGCGCGGUGUGCGGCAAGGCGCUGGGGCAGCUGGUGCUGUACCUGUGCUACGCGGACCGCUACGUGCGGCGCUGCGCGGCGGCGCGCCUCUACGAGGCGCUCACGCUCUACGGCGACGCCUGCGCCGCGCCCCACGACAACGUCGAACAGGUAAUGACUAUACUCGCCGAAACAGAUUGGGAAAAAGACGUUGCUGAAUUGAGGCCCAUAAGGAACGAGCUGUGCGAUCUGAUGAACAUAAAGCGACCUGUUUUGAAACAAAAGACCCCUUAG